GCUUGCGGAGGAGUAUGAUGCGGCGAUUUGAUGAGGAAUUCGACGGUGGAGGUGCAGCAUUGGAUGGAGGUGCAUCAGUACUGAUUCGCUGUAUAAAAHUAUGUACGUAGAUUACGUAUAAUUAGUACCGCAGUACUGAAUGUACAGGGGGUACAUGCGCAUGGCAGGCAAGCCAGCCGGCCCUGGAGGUUCGGAAUUGCCAAUAACUUGCCAGUAUGGGACUUACCAUUAAUAGCUCUAUUACAGCUAGCUACCGUACGUAACCCAUUGCGCGUUGACCAGGUACAGGAACUUCAACGAAGAAUCCUCCACCGAUCCUGUCACAGCAAAAGCGUAAAAACUGAGAUCUUACCACUAGAUACUAUUUCUGUGCUCUACAAUACGGUACGAAGUCACCGUCCACGCUUCGCUACAACUCGAUUGCUUUUGUACCGUACCAGAUACCGUACAAACAAUCAUAUUGGUGAAACAACCAGUGCUACUCGUUUUGGCAAAUUUCUGAGCGAUUAAUUGUGCUAUUUCAAUAUUAUUUCGAUAGAACGGAAAAUGGAAGGAGAAGAAGAGAUUGGCGGCUACGAAAAGUAAACGAGAUCAGGUGACAUACUUGUGGUAAGAUUCCCAAGUGUAAUUUUUGGGUGGUGACAUCUUAGAACAUUCACCACGCCUCGGUUUCCCCCGGGAAAGAUUUUCUUAAGGUGUCGUUUUCUUACAAAUGAAUUUCCUAAAGGAACUCGACCACAUCUCGUACUAGUCAACUCGUCUUCGUUCCAUCAUAUGAUGCUGUCGCCUUAACCGAUCCAAAAGAUCACCUUCAUCACGACACUCAUUUCUUCCUCGAGGUCUCCCCAAUAACGAAUUUCGAACACU